AAACCCGCCACUAAAAAAAAAUGAUGAUGUCAAAGAAGAAAGAAACCAUCGGACGACAAAAAAUUCCAAUGGUUAAGAUAAAGAAAGAGAGCCACAGGCAAGUCACGUUCUCGAAACGCAGAGCCGGUCUCUUCAAGAAAGCUAGUGAGCUUUGCACGUUGUGUGGUGCAGAGAUUGGAAUCAUCGUGUUUUCUCCCGCGAAAAAGCCUUUCUCUUUCGGUCAUCCGAGUGUUGAAUCUUUAUUGGAUCGUUACUUGUCCCGAAACAAUAUAUCAUUAGCUCAGACUCAACAACCACAAGGAAACUCUGCAGCGGGCUGCGAACUGAAUAUGCAGUUAACGCAGAUUUUGAGCGAGGUAGAGGAUGAGAAGAAGAAGGGUCAAGCAAUGGAAGAAAUAAGAAAAGCGAGUGUGAGGCGGUCGGUGAUCAAUUGGUGGGAGAAACCAGUAGAGGAGAUGAAUAUGUUUCAGUUACAAGAAAUGAAACAUGCAUUGGAGGAGUUGAGGAAGACGGUUGUGACAAAUAUGGCCUCAUUUAGUGAGGUGAAAGAGGAUGUGUUUGGUUUCUUGGACAACAAAGUGACAGCUCCUCCGUACAUGAACAUGUCGGCUGGUCUUUCAAGUAUUUAUAAUUUUGCCAACGGAAAUGGUUGUUUCUGAUUCCAAAAUUGCUUUCAUUUUUUGUU